UAUCUAUCUAAUAUCUAUAUCCUCCAUUUUCACAUUCUCAUUCGAAAUCAGAUUUCUCAGCCAUGGCGGACAAGCUAUCUCUCCCACUUCUUCUUCCAAACCCUCCUCUUUCAAGACCCUUCUUUCAAGACCCAUCGCCAAACCACCUCCAAGUUCCAUCUCUGAAGCCAUCUCAACCUCAAUUGACACCUCUUCUCCAAGACCUUCUCCCUCACAAGAACAUAAACACCAAUCAAUCCCCAAUCCCCAGGUUGCGCCGUCGCAUAGGAAAGCACAAAGACAUGAACAAAGGAAAACCCUGGUCUCACCACCGUCUAUCUCCUCAAGGUCAGCUCACUCUUCAAAUUCUCAUUUCCCCCAAUUUUAACAUUACUCAACUCCACGAAACCUUGCUCAAAUUAUUCGAUUCUAGAGAAGAAGAAGAAGAAGAAGGAGAAAUCGAAUUAGGUUUGUCUUACGAUGUUCUAGGGAUAGUUAAGGGUUUAGGGUUUAACAGGAAAUCUGAUUUAGCUAUUGAGGUUUUCAAUUGGGUUCGAAGACGUGAUAAUUCUAGUGUUUUAUUGAAUGGUUCUGUCAUUGCUGUGAUUAUAAGCACGCUGGGGAAAGAAGGAAGGGUUUCUGAUGCCGUUUCUUUUCUCCAUAAUCUGUACAAACAUGGUUUCCCACUUGAUGUUUAUGCAUAUACUUCUCUGAUAACUGCUUGUGGAAGUAAUGGAAAGUAUAGAGAGGCAAUUAGAUUGUUUAAGCAAAUGGAGGAAGAAGGUUGUCAACCCACUUUGAUAACAUAUAAUGUAAUCUUGAAUGUUUAUGGCAAAAUGGGAAUGCCAUGGAAUAAAGCUAUUGAACUUCUUGACCAUAUGAAGAGUAUAGGGGUCAUGCCCGAUGCCUAUACUUAUAACACUCUUAUAGCUUGUUGUCGUCGAGGUUCUUUGUAUGAGGAGGCGAAGAAUGUCUUCGAGGAGAUGAAAUCGGUUGGCUUUCUACCUGAUAAAGUCACUUAUAACGCGUUAUUAGAUGUUUAUGGGAAGUCUAGACGACCUAAGGAGGCCAUGGAAGUUCUUAGUGAAAUGGAGCGAAAUGGUUUUUCUCCAACCAUUGUCACUUACAAUUCGUUGAUUGCAGCUUAUUUGAGAGAUGGUCUUCUCAAUGAAGCGCAGGAGUUGAAGGAUAGAAUGGUGGGGAUUGGGAUUAAACCAGAUGUUUUCACUUACACAACUCUAUUGUCGGGUUUCGAGAGGGCGGGGAAAGAUGAAUCGGCCAUGAUGGUUUUUGAGGAGAUGAGGAACUCGGGUUGUAAUCCUAACAUAUGCACGUUCAAUGCUCUUAUCAAAAUGUAUGGAAACCGUGGGAAAUUCACUGAGAUGAUGAAGAUUUUUGAGGAUAUUCAUUCUGCGAGAUGCACUCCCGACGUUGUGACGUGGAACACGCUGUUGGCGGUGUUUGGUCAAAACGGGAUGGAUUCAGAAGUCUCGGGCGUGUUCAGGGAGAUGAAGAGAGAAGGGUUUGUAGCCGAGAGAGAUACUUUCAACACGCUGAUAAGCGCUUAUAGUCGAUGCGGCUCGUUCGAGCAAGCGAUGGAUAUGUACAAGAGGAUGUUGGAAUCGGGUGUAAUUCCUGAUCUCUCCACUUACAAUUCUGUUCUAGCCGCAUUGGCUCGAGGAGGGCUUUGGGAGCAGUCGGAGAGGGUUCUCAACGAGAUGAGUGAACACGGGUGCAAACCAAACGAGCUUACGCAUAGCUCGUUGCUUCACGCUUACGCAAACGGGAAGGCGAUCGAAAAGAUGCGUUCUUUUCAAGAGAGGAUACACUCGGGCGCGAUUGAAUCGCACGCCGUGCUUUUGAAGACUCUCGUUUUGGUAAAUAGCAAGCGCAACCUUCUGACGGAGACAGAACGGGCUUUCCAAGAGUUGAGGAAAUCCGGUUGUUGUAUCGAUAUAACUACAUUGAAUUCCAUGGUUUCUAUUUACGGAAGGAGACAGAUGAUCGCGAAAGCGAACGAGAUACUUCGGUUCAUGAACGAUAACGGAUUUACGCCCACGCUCACGACUUAUAACAGCUUGAUGUAUAUGUACAGCAGAUCGAUGAAUUUCACUCGAUCAGAAGAAAUACUAAGGGAUAAUAUACUUGCGAAAGGAAUGAAACCCGACAUUAUAUCGUACAAUACUGUUAUAUACGCCUAUUGCAGAAACGGGCAGCUUAAGGAAGCUUCUCGGAUAUUCACGGAGAUGACUGAAUCUGGGCUCGAACCGGAUGUCAUAACCUAUAAUACAUUUAUUGCGAGUUAUGCCGCCGAUUCAAUGUUUGUGGAAGCUAUUGAUGUUAUCGGUUACAUGAUCAAGCGUGGAUGCAAACCGAACCAGAGUACUUAUAAUUCCAUUGUGGAUUGGUAUAGUAAGCUUGAUCGGUUAGACGAGGCGAUCAUGUUUAUUAACAAUCUCCGUAAGCUUGAUCCGUAUGUUUCUAAAGAUGAAGAACGUAGGCUGACCGAACGAUUGUCGUCGACGUCGAGAUGACUUAAAAAGAAAUUGUAAACAUAUGGGAAUAUAAAUGGUUAUUCUUUGUGUUCCAGAUAGUGUAAAUUUUCUUCCUUAAGCUAUAGCUAUGUUUCUCUUUUAAAGUGUUAAGUGUAUGAAAUUUUGCAGGAAUUAAAUUUGUCACAGCUGUUGCUAUGUAUCAAUAGAAAUUGUUAUUUUAGAGCUUGUUUUAUA